AUGAGCUUUAAAUAUUCAAUCAAUAAUAUGAGUGCAACAGCCCUUAUAGAAGCUGAUUUGAAUGAAAUAAUAGAAGCACAGUAUUAUAAAGAAGAUUAUCUAUACUUAAGCAAUGCUAAAUUUGAAGAGAUGAUUAAUAUAACAGAUGAUUUUUUGAUAACUCAAGAAAACGUGAAUAAUAUAAACCAUACCAAUAAAAAUAAUGUAGUUGACGAAUUAAGUAAAAAUGAAAACAUCAAUAACACAAAUGAGGACAUAUCAAAAAAUAUAACAUUCAAUACGUGGGAAGAAGUUGAGAUAUUUUUACAGACUACG